AUGGCUCUUCGCGACCGGAACGCCGCUUCCAAGUUUGAUCUGGAUGUUAGUUCGGGUGAACAAUCUACUAAACAUUUUUUUCGGGCUCCAGCUGCGGCGGAACUCAAGCUGUCCAUAUCGUCUGUCAACACGUCUUCAGGGUUGUCAAGGGACCCGUCCAUGAUUCUUUCGACUCAUCGUCGAUAUUGGGGCACCGUUUUUCAAUCGAACUCCCGCGAUUUGGAGGUCGUUUCCCAGCAAUUCGACCCUUCCAAAUUUCAAGAUAUUCUUCAACACAUCCAUCGGAAGCUCAAGUCAACUCACGCCGCCCUUCUCGACGCGCCGAUUACGGCUAAUGAUUUUUUCCACGCUAUGAAGCAUACCGAUCGUGGGAAGUCUCCAGGUCCAGAUGGACUACCUGCGGAGUACUACCAGCUUUUUCCUGCCAAGUGGGCUCAAGUCUUGGAGCUUGUUUAUGCGGCUCAAUUCCGGCUAGGUUGCAUGUCCAAGUUUCAACGCCGCGUCUCGCUACUCUUUAAGAAGGGAUCAAGAUUGGAACCCAAGAACUAUCGGCCCUUGACCUUGCCGAAUCAAGAUGCCAAGUUCGGCCCAAAAAGCAUUGGCUUAUUGCCUUAA